GGAAAUGAGAGAUGGGCACCACUGGUGCCUCCUCGCACCGGAGAUCAGGUGACACAAUCAGCUGACUCCGGUGUUGGGCAGGCGCUGAAGAGUACGGUAUUGGAGCUGUUGCAGCCAAGGUUGCCCGAGCCGAGUGGUCAUCGUUACAAUGUCGGGCAAAGACCGGAUUGAGAUCUUCCCUUCGCGAAUGGCACAGACCAUCAUGAAGGCUCGUUUAAAAGGAGCUCAGACAGGUCGAAACCUCCUGAAGAAAAAAUCUGAUGCCUUAACUCUUCGGUUUCGACAGAUCUUAAAGAAGAUAAUAGAGACUAAAAUGUUGAUGGGUGAAGUGAUGAGAGAAGCUGCCUUUUCACUUGCUGAGGCCAAGUUCACAGCAGGGGACUUCAGUACCACAGUUAUCCAAAAUGUAAAUAAAGCUCAAGUGAAGAUUCGAGCAAAGAAAGAUAAUGUAGCAGGUGUUACCUUACCAGUGUUUGAACAUUACCAUGAAGGCACUGACAGUUAUGAACUGACCGGUUUAGCCAGAGGUGGGGAACAGUUGGCUAAAUUAAAGAGGAAUUAUGCCAAAGCAGUGGAACUUCUGGUGGAACUGGCUUCACUGCAGACUUCCUUUGUGACUCUGGAUGAAGCUAUCAAGAUAACCAACAGGCGUGUGAAUGCCAUUGAGCAUGUCAUCAUUCCCCGGAUUGAACGUACCCUUGCUUAUAUCAUCACAGAGCUGGAUGAAAGAGAGCGGGAAGAGUUCUAUAGGUUAAAGAAAAUACAGGAGAAGAAAAAGAUUCUCAAGGAAAAAUCUGAGAAGGACUUGGAGCAACGGAGGGCAGCUGGAGAAGUGAUGGAGCCUGCAAACCUUCUGGCUGAAGAGAAGGACGAAGAUCUUCUCUUUGAAUAAUCCUUCCUGUUCUGCCUCUCUGGAAACACCCAACACUUGGCUCCAUUUUAAUUUAAUGUGUAGGUUUUGUGUGGCUAUUUAUUUUUUAACCUAAAAAAUUCACUGGGUGUAAAAUUUACCUUGGUGUCCUGUGAGAACCUGCAGAAUCCUAAUUCAAUAACCACGUACCACAGCUGAAAGAGAUUGUAGAACCUGCCUGGUAAUUUAUAGGAUUUAAUCCAUGUAAGUUUCACACUAUUCCAUUUCAGCUGUUGUAUGUGAUGUGUUAGCAGGCAUCUUAAGAAAUAGCUUUAGAAAACAUUGGUGGUCUUAGGCUCAUGCUGUGGCGGUCUUCAUUCCUACCCAUUUGCUCGUAGACUUUGGCACUGUUGAGACUGCUCUAGCCACUCUUGUGUUACUAUGAUACUUCUGCCUUAAGCUUUAUGGAAACCUUCACUUACUUUUUCUUGCACGACAGGUUUCUUGUCUGUCAUGGGAGCAGUUCUGCCAAUUUAAAUGUAAUUAUAUUACAAGAAGUAAAAUUGACAUCUUU